AUGCCUUUCUCCACGCUUCCCUCUCCGCGGCUGACCUUGGCGUCGGAGGACGACGAGCUGGAGGUCUUUAACGUCUGGAGCCAACCCAUGUCCACCCCGGAGCCCGGCGAGCCGUACCUCAUCGUCGCGCCCGACCGUUCCAGCGCCAGCUCCCGCGGCCGGCCCUCCUUCUUCCGGCGCGGCUCCACGAGCGCACGGGGGAAGGAGCUCAACGUGGAGAAGGAAGUCGCCAUCGGCCACAUCAAGAGCUGUCCGGCCACCGUGGAUGAGCCGCCGCCGCCGCGGGCGACGCUGCGUCGGCCCACGCUUCGUCCGCCGACGGUGGGCGAUGAGGAGUCGAACUCCAGCUUUGAUCCGGACAAGUCUCCGCUGUAUCAGCGGAGGCGGAGAAAGAACAUCAUGAGUGAGGACUCCGCAACGUCGAUUGCAAACUUGUCCACGUGUGAUGGCAGUGGGUCUUGGGACUAG